AUUUGGUAAUCAUAAAUAAAUUACCAAAACAAAACACCAAUUUGCCCAACAUUUAACCUCUUCUAUUGUUUGCUAACCUCCCAAUUUAGUUCACUAUCGAUUUUUUUCCAUAUAAAAAUGCCCGAAUUUUUUCACUCGUCAGUCGAAAAAAAUGUCACCGAAACGCGAAAUCGCAUGGAAAAAAGUGUCCUUUUUUGUAUAUUUACAUGUGGGGGCUUUGUACGGGUUGUACCUCAUCCUCACUGAAGCCGCUUGGGCGACCUGUCUUUGGUUCUAUUUUCUGGUACUGAUCUCGACGCAAGGUACCGGUGCUGGGGUCCACCGCCUAUGGGCCCAUCGAGCCUACAAGGCGAAAGUACCACUCCGACUUUUAUUAACGUUUUACCAGACUUUGACAUUUCAAAAAGACAUUUAUGAUUGGGUGCGCGACCAUAGAGUCCAUCACAAGUACUCUGACACGGAACCCGACCCACAUAACGCCUCCAAGGGCUUCUUUUACAGUCACAUGGGCUGGUUGAUGUUGAAAAAGACUCAAAGUACCAUCGAUAAGGGCAAAAAAUUGGAUUUGAGUGACUUGGAAGCCGACCCAAUUGUCAUGUUUCAGAGAAAGUACUACUGGUAUUUAGCACCAAUCGUAGCCUUCGGUAUGCCAGCAUUUGUGCCGUGGUACUUCUGGGGCGAAAAAUUCGUAGUUUCAUGGUACGUCUGUAACAUGUUUAGGUACUGUCUAACCCUUCAUGGUACCUGUCUGGUAAACAGCGCCGCUCACAUUUAUGGAAACCGACCAUAUGACAAGGAUAUUUUACCAACACAAAAUUUGCUGGUUUCGUACAUUACCAACGGGGAAGGGUUCCAUAAUUACCAUCAUGCCUUCCCAUGGGACUACAAAGCAGCCGAAUUAGGGUCAUAUUAUGGCAAUUGGAGUACUGCUUUUAUCGAUUUUAUGGCCAGAAUUGGGUGGGCUUAUGACCUUAAAAGUGUCCCAUUAAAUAUGGUCGAAAAACGUGUUAAAAGGACCGGCGAUGGUACCCACAAUGUCUGGGGAUGGGGUGACAAGGAUUUGGACCCAGAUGACGUCAAAAUGGCCGAAAUUACGCACUCGCGAAGCUCGGGAUAAUUUUUUAUUGUAAUUUAUUUAUUUUUCUCAUACUCAGAAUAAAAAAUAGUUAGAUUA